AGUAAUGACAACGUUGAUGCUCACAUCGGGGUAUAUCAGUCGCGUAAUUUGGAGCAAGUCCACUCUUUCACGUUCACAGCCUAUAGAAUUACAAUGCUGCAGUUUCUUACAGCGACCGCCAUUUUCUUCGUGGGCACGGCUUUAGCUGGUUCUCCGUUGGACAAGCUAGACGACGACACGAAGGAAAUGAUGAAGAUGCUACACGACACGUGUGUGGACCAAACCGGAGUUCAAGAAAGUCAAAUCGACAGCGCCAGGCAUGGAGAAUUUACCGAAGACGACCAUUUUAAGGACUAUCUCGGGUGUGUUUACCAGCAGACCGGAGCGCUGAGUGAAGACGGAGUGGCGGAUUAUGACACAAUUAUCGGAAUGCUGCCUGAAUUGUUGGCUGACCGCGGUGGAAAAAUGAUAACCAAAUGCAAACACGUCAAAGAGAACAGUGCUGCUGCUACGGCAUUUGAACUAAACAAGUGUCUCUACAAAGCAGAUCCCGAGUUCUUCUUCAUAUUCUAGAAGCGUCAGAUAUCGUCCUCGGUUUCAACCCCAGUAGUGCUGAUAAAAGAAACAUCUCAUCGCUAGUUCACAAAAUCCGAUGCAGGGUAGUUACAGAACACGACAGGCAAUUUAAAAACACGCAGCUUAUAGUGAAUAUAGUUAAACUGAAUAAACUUGGAAACUUAA